AUGACCGCGAUGAAAACCGAUUCCCAGGCCACGAAAGCCUCCUUGUACCCCGAGCAAAUCAUUCAAGUGAUUAUACCGGAAACGAUAGAGCCAAUCCAUACCGAAAACCUCUAUCUACGCCGCCUGGAGCUGACAGAUGCCCCGGCCCUGUUUGAAUUUCGACGGCGACAGGAUGUGGCAGACUGGCUCUGGCCCAAAAUUCCCCACAAACAUAUCUCCGAAACAGAAGAUGUUAUCGCCAAGAAGAUAUUUAAGACUCCCGAUGCAUCAGGUGUCACUGGCCGACAGUUUUCUUUUGCUGUCAUCGAAGCAAAUGACCCCUCUCGAAGGGUAAUCGGUGCAGUGACCAUCAAUUCUCUUGUGCCAGCUCCCUCAAUAGGAUAUGGCAUUCAUCCUGAUUUCUGGGGUAGAGGGUACGUGAGCGAAGCAGUGGGUGGGGUCAUUGAUGCUUGGUGGAAACUUCCGAGGAAGGACUUUCAUGCGUUGGAAUCGUCCAGUGAGACGGAGAAGCUAUUUGCUGCAUGUAAUAGGGCAAAUAUAGGAAGUGUGAAGGUCUUGGAAAAGAAUGGGUUCCUGAUACAGAGGGAGAUACCACUGGAGGAUGAUAUGGUUGCAUUAUACGCCCUGGAAAGACCGCAAAGGUAA